AUGGGAGUUGCGGUAGAAUCAACCGAUGACAGUAAUCAACAACAACAAUUUGAUAACACACUACGCAACUUUGCUGUAGAGGUCCUGCCCAUUGUUCCAGAUUGUCCAUUAGGAGAACACUCGAGAAUACAAGUGAUUGAAGGAGUUGAGGUAGCUCGCGAGGCAACUAUCACCUUUCAAGUGGCGAUUCUUGAACAAUGUGUUCAAGCGUGUAGAAUUAGUACGUACGCCGAUGGAUCCCGCCUACCCUUGUUAUGUCGGUCAGCACACUUUAAUAGGGCAUCAAGACAAUGUUCUGUAUACUCGGAUGCAAUUAAUCCAAAUGGAUACCUCGAAUACAAGCCAAAUCAAAAUGUGAUUUAUAUAGAGAAAAUAUGCAUACCAGGACAUGCGUCAGAAGUGAUUUCCGUUGCAAGUGAGAACGAAUGUGUUUUGGAAUGUAUAAAGGCAAAGACAAUGCGAUCAGUGGCUUGUCACUCUGUACUCCAUUAUCCAGAUUUCUCUUCACUCAACUGCAUUCUCAACGUUCACACAAGACACACGAAAAACCAAUAUUUCACACCAGAGUUAGCCUAUAAAGUUGAUUAUGUGGAACUUGGUUCGUGUGUGACGAAUGCAGCAUCAGCAGACGAAGUAGCAAAAUCACGUUUAAUCGAAGCCGAGAAAAAAUUACUACAACAAUUGGAUGCGAACCCUACCGUUGUUGAAUUUCCUCAAAAAGUUGCAAGUGCUGCUCAAAUUCCAAAAAACUCUGUUGAGUUCUUUGGACCACCACAAGCUCCAUCACAACCCGCCCAACCUCUCAACUUAAAGUUUUAA